AUGUCAUCUAAUAUACCACAAGAGAGAAACUUAGAUGCAUGUAUACAUAUACGUGACUUGGACCCUAUGGUCACAGAGUCAUUACUUUGGGAACUGAUGAUACAGGCAGCACCUGUAGUCAAGGUGUUCAUGCCAAAGGACAAGCUUACACAACAGCACUCAGGCAGAGCCUAUAUCGAGUUCCAAAGCGAAGCAGAUGCAGACUAUGUCAUGAGGAUAAUGAACUAUGUUAGAUUAUUUGGUCGACCACUGAGGCUUAAGAAGGGUAACAAGGAUAAGAUAGAUGUUGGAGCUAACCUAUUCAUUGGAGGUCUUGACAAUGAAGUGGAUGAGAAGUUACUCAAUGAUACCUUUGUUCAAUUCGGAAUGAUUAUACAGCCUCCCAAGGUCAUGCGAGACCCAACAUCAGGACAAUCGAAAGGCUUUGGUUUCGUAUCGUUUGAUAACUUUAAUUCUUCAGAUGCUGCGAUUGAGACGAUGAAUGGUCAGUUCUUGUGUAAUAAGCCGAUAACAGUGACAUAUGCGAGAAAGAAGGACUCGACAGAGAGACAUGGAAGUCAGGCAGAACGUAUGAUUGCAGCAGGCAAACAACGAGGCAUACCAGUGUUUGGAGGCGGUCCCUAUCCGCCCUCAGGCGGAAUGCCCAUGCCACCAAUGCCACCCAUGCCGCCUGGAGGCGGUGGUGGCUACCAACAUCAUCCUCUUCCUCCUCACCACCCUGGCAUGAUGCAGCCACCACCUCCCCCUGGAAUGAUGCAGCCACCUCCUCCUCCACCUCCACUCAAUGGUCAACAGUAU